AUGGCAACUAGCGUAUUUAGAAGCAUUGGGGGUAGUUUAUGAUCAAAGUGACAUUCCUCUUUGCAAUUUGAUUGACCGUGUAAAACAAACGGAAUGGAGAGGACAUGUGUAUUCAUCAACAUUAUCACCGAAACACUUAUCUGUUUUUGCAGAUAUAAUGCAAGGAUAUCUUACUUUCUGUUUACCAUUUGAGAAUGGUCCAAGACCGAUAACCUGUAUCACUCAUAGAACAAAUAGAAGAUGCUCGCGAAAAGAUUAACGAUGGCUCACUAAAAUCAAAUGAUUUGUUGGAUUCAUCAGGAACAAGAACUAAAAGAGAAUAUCUCUUAUGGCAAGCCAGAACAGAUGAUUUCCUCAAGUAUUUAGGAAAAUUUCAAGAAAUUAGAUUUUCUUGUCCACUGAGGAAAAGCCAGUACACCCAUUUGUUUAUGAAAUUUGCAGAAAUCUUUUCUCUUCAACCUGAGCUUGGAGGUAAUCGUGAAGCUACCAUUGCCAUAGGCCAUCAAAAGUCAUUGUCUUCUCCUGAUGUGCGAUUUGUUAGCUACCCCAAGUGUACACCUGCAACAGUUCUAACAGCACACAUAGAGGUGAAUGGUUUUUCUCACAAGGAGAAGGGGACAGUAGGUUUUGAUAUACAUGAGUUAUCCCCCAGUAUCUUAGGACAACACGGAGGAGAACUAAUGGCUGAGAGACAGAGCUCAUUCUUCACACCUGGUGUCCUUGGACUGAUUUGUUUAAAGUCAAAGAUUAUCUUUACGUUUUUGGAAAUAAAUGGGGACCACUACAAAUGUAUAAAGAAGGGACUUGAUUGCAUCCAUAUCUUACACAAAGCCUUAUGAUUACUGGGACCCAAAAGACAGAGAAGAAAUAUACAGUACUCUGUUUUGGCUUGGCAAUCUGCAGUCCUUAGAAAAUUUAGCACCAUGAUAGAAUGAUAGAUUGUUCAAGUGUCUCUCUCAGACCAACUUUGACAAGGGCACCGCAAGGCAGAGAAUCCUCUUGCCAAGGAGAUAAAAGUGCAGCAAGAGGAUAAUUGGUUUAUUAAUAUAUAGUAUCCGUGAUGUUUGUGUCUGUAUGUGAGGCAUCCCAUUUGCCAACAGGGGCUAGAAUCAAAGGCACGAGUGGAUAAUUGAUUUAUAUAU